AAAGGAAGUAUUGCUGCAAAUGAGCUACGGAACGUUAUGUUUUCGCUGGUAGCAGAUUAUGGCGACAGUGAGGGAUCGUCUCUGUCCGAUUUGGCAGAGGCAGACACCAAGGAUGAACCGUUAACCGAUGAAAGAUCCGGCAGCCAUCCGAUUAACACUAGUGCGGUCUCAUCGCUUCCCCUACCGAGUGCCAGCGAUAUGCUGCAGUCGGGUACGCAUCGCGUAAUACCAGGCAGUGUUUUUAGUAACCCUUUCCGCGAGGCGGAAGAAGCCAAAUUGGCCAGUCUCGAGAAGCACGUGAAGAUGGUCGAUCCCGAGGCGAACGUUUCGGAGCAGAAACGUAAAGUAUGUUGGAGCUAUAAAAAGGGCCGCUGUCGGUUCGGAAGCAAGUGCAACUUUGCGCACGAUUCCGACCUGAUACUACGCAAGGAGCUGCCGAGCAGCGAGCACGAACCAGAAGAAGGCCCAAGCACCACAGAAGUAUCGUUGGUGCCGACACAGCAAACGACGCCGAAUAAAAAGAAACGUCCCGGAUUGAGCCGGGAACUCGUGCCUCCGAGGAAGGUGCUUAAAAUGUAUCACAGGGAAAAAUACGGGAUGCUCAAGUAGCCGUAGCCCCCGGUGCGCGACACUUGCGGUGUACGUAGUGGUAUUUCUUUAUUAGCCAUCUGUAAGAUACGCGUUAGGGAAACGAGAUAUAUGUUUUAUUUACAGCCGACAAGUUCAUCAGUAAUGCGAUUAGAAAUAGACGCUUCUAUCAUUCUCC